AUGGAGAGUAAUUAUGUUCUCUUUCUCUCUAUCCAUAACCUAGUCCCAAAGGCUAUGUGGCUCACGCGAAAGUUAGCCGCAUUCACACAAUCAGAGAAUAACAACAAAUCGGCCCAAAAAUCUUUCAGCAAGAAAAAGCCCGUGCCACCAAAGCCAGUACAUCCUCCUCCCGAUAUACCGACGACGUUUAAAACCCAUGAUAAAACACUUGUUAUUGUUGUUGCAGGCGCGUGCAACGUUGGGAAAUCAACGUUGAUAGAACUUGGCUUACAGGACUCUAAUAAAAAACAACAAAAUCCAAAUGUGGCUCCAGGAUCCCCGAUAUCAUCUGGAGCCCCUACACAGAUAGAUAAACCUAGGUCGGCUUGGCAGCGCCACCAGUCAACGAUGACUAUGGAUCGAGUUAGGUAUCUGGUCGACAUAAUGGAAAUAGACGACUCCCUGAUUGAUGCAACGGAAGACCCCCCCGAAUUUCCAGAGAGUUUAACAACCGUCCACGGUGGCCUGAUAUGCUACGACAUAACCAACCGAGAUUCGAUGGACUGUCUACCAGAUUUACUUACGUGUCUGAUCGGCUUAAAAGCUGAUCUCAGCGGUCUACGCCAGGUAGAUCUUCAGUUGGGCUGCAAACUCGCAAGUCUUUUUGGAGUACAGCUUUUUGAGGUCGACGCAUGUUCAGACCAAGGAAUCGCUCGUAUGAAAGACGUUUAUGCCACACUACUCUAUCAGAUCACUGCGCCAGCCCCACCAACUCCCACUCCCGCCCAGCCCCCGACUUUACGAGAACGGCGCAUGGCUAGUGAAUCCAGUAUCCGCAUCAAGAUCGAUCACAAUAAUAUCCUGUCCACUUUUCAGAACACAAUAAAACCACCUAUCACCACAACUGCCAGUCAGCCAGACACCAGUUACGCCAAUUAUGAGUUACAUUCUGACGGCCCUCCAAUUGCUGAUCGGGUUCAGGCACCCAUCUCUGCCGGAACACGAGCCCCAACUGGUUUUGUGUACGCGCCAACAGCACAAAGCGACCUUCCAAGAGGAAAGAACGCCUCUUUUCGGAGAUCAAACACUCAGACCAUUGCAAGCCUGACAGAACAAAGUCUGACAGCCAUCGAAGACGAACCUUUUGAUACACCAGACGAAGUUGAACUGACAUCACCUUCACCAACAUUACCACCACUACUACCAUUACUACCAUUACUACCUCCGCCACCGCCACCACCACAAUCGUCGAAGCCAUGUAAUAUUCAGCAAAAACAUCGUAAAAAUAGUCUUCCAUCCACAUCGUCAUCUAACCAUCACAUCAACCGCGAUCUACAUACUCAAAGGCGUGGAAGUGCUCCUCACCCAAUAAUUCUAAGUAGUCGUCGCGGAUCUAAGGAUAGUAGCUACAGCGACUCCUGUAGCACCGGUCUAACGGCAGAAGACAUUGUCGAUCGACUCAUCGCAUCGGAACCAUGCCGCGGCGUACUGACUACAACCCUUGCAGAUGAGAAUAUUGUCCCUGUUUUUAUCACUUUCUUUCGUAAAUUCAUGAAGCCAGGAGAGCUUGUAAAGAUGCUAAUCGAAAGAUUCCAAGGCGAUAUCGCGGAAGGUUCAUCCCCAACACUUCUACAAGAAAGAAUUCAUUCAAUCUUCUUACUUUGGUUGUCACACUACUGGGGAGACUUUCACAGUCCACAGACACGAAAAGCCUUAAUUGCGUUUAUUGAGGAUAUAUCACAGCACGAAAGCAUGCGGCCUAUUUGCGAUGACCUUGCUCCAUUGGUAAUACGUGAACCCCCUUUAGACGAUCCAGACGCUCAAUGGGGUCUCAUGGACUCUGAUACCGACACAGAUGAUUUUUCUGACGCUCCUUCAACGCCAAAGCAACACGAGAAAAACAAAAAAAAGGAUAGUGGAUAUGUAUCCGGCUCUUUCAAGCUAUCAAAUUUUAUGGACAGCGAACAAAACAGAUCCAAUGCAACCAUUCAACACUGUCCAAUUGAUGCAACUUCUAUUUCUUCCCCCUCUCCAGUACAUUCCACCCCCUCCACCCCAAAGAUUCCUCAAUCAUCCGCGCCUCUUAAAAGAACGUCCAGUGCAGGAUCUUUUAGUAGUCUUUUUGGAAGAUCCCGAGAGUCAUCAAUUUCAUCUUCUAUCCAGUUCCUUGCUUCCUUGGCAUCCCUAAAGCCCAUGACCCCUAAACAACAGACACCUCCAGAUGAUUUAGAUAUCACAACUAACGAAUACACAACGCCAAUAUCCCCACAAGAAAGAACUCCCGAUAUUACUGACGAUUUUUCAAUGACCCACCGUCGCCUGUCUGUUGACCCUUCACAAAAGGUUGGGGAACCAUGUCGACCAGAAUUCUCAGGGGGGUUAAUUAACCUCGAAACUUAUAAUGGAAUUUCGGCAUCUACUAGCUGGGCCUCCUUUGGAGCACAAACAUUAAUUUCCUCGGCAGCCAGUAUUACCAGUGCAUUUGGUGCCGUAUAUCCAUCAGGUGCUGGUCGAUCAGAAAAAGAUCAGGCAGCAUAUAAUUUAAAAGUAUUUCUAGACAUGACCGAUAAAAAUGUAGCAGAGCAAUUAACGUGGAUUGAGUCCGAAGCUAGAGAAUUUGUACGAAGUAUAUGGACUUCAUCCCAAUCUCGACGACCUACAUCUGUAUCAUCUGACGAUCAGGUCAAGACAAAAUACGAACGAUGGACGUACGAUAAAUCAACACGAAAAAAGACCUUAUUAGCAUCGCCACAGCAGCAAAUUGCUCCAAGUGCCGUUGUAGCAUCAAUAUCACAUUUUAAUUUUAUAUCUGCCUGGGUUGCUACAAGUAUUGUGGCACAACCGAAACUCAAUAAACGAGCGGCAGUAUUAGAAAAAUUUAUGUCUAUAGCCGUGGAGCUACGUAAUCAUAAUAACUACAAUUCUUUGAUGGCUAUUUUGGCCGGAAUCAAUAAUGCUGCUGUCCUUCGUCUUCGGUUAACACGAGAAUCAAUAUCAUCAAAAAAGAUAUUCAAACAAUACCAAAGCUUGGAGAAACUCAUGAGUACAGAUAGGUCCUUCAGCUCUUAUCGAAUGGCACUCAAGGCAUCCGAGACUCCUGGGAUACCUUAUCUUGGAAUUCACAACCAAGACCUCGUCUCUUUAUCCGAAGCAAACAAAGACUUCAAGGCUGAUGGAACGAUUCAUUGGGAGAAGUUUAGGUUGAUGGGCGAGAGCAUUAUGGGUAUGAUGAAGUUUCAAAGUCCAAGCUAUCAAAAAAUCAGUCCGGACGAAAAAAUUCUUAAUUUCAUAGCAGACAGUGUCGUAAUGACAGAAGAUGAACAAUACAAGAGAUCUAUCCUCAUCGAACCUCGAUUGAAAUCUUCAAGUACAAAUAAAUUGCGCGAUCUUUGGUCAAGAGUAUAGCCUUACAUAUAUCCAAAAAUAGUGGACUAUAAGCAUUUACAGUUUAAGCAUAAAUAUAUACAUAUAUACAUACACACAUAUAUACAAAAACAGCAAUAAAAUUUAGUAGCUUCAGACUAUAUAAUUACUGUAGUGGAGCUAUUAUCAUAUUUCUCUCAAAUCUCAAUUUUUAUUUUGUACAUAUUUUACGUCUGGCUAAAAAUAAAUUUGGAGAAACUAUAAAAG